GAAUAAAUCAAUACCUCGCUGAACAUACAUAUAAUGACGUCUUAGAGGCCAUGGUUGCUGUGAAAAAUGGCUUCUGCAACCCACCCAAAAAGGUUUCCAACCCCAACAAGUCAUCGGAAAAGCUUGCCUUGCCUGAUUCACCACAGUCUCUGCAUCGACUGGAUACUCAAUCCUCGCAGACAAAAAUACAGUGUGGAGAAUCUACAAAACAAAUCGUUAAAAACGGAAAACUAUGGAUGGAGAAGGAAGUCAUGAAGGCUUUUAAGAAGUGCAUCAUAGAAGGGGAGGGAUUGAGAGGUGUGGAGUUUGAACUAGACGAGCUUCUGCACCAGUGUUUCAGUGUAGAGACACAUGAGAAGAUGUUCCACCACACUACAACUUCGCGGUGAAGACGAAGGAAGCUGGCUCACACAAGUGGUCAUCAACUCUCUAUUUUGCGCAAGUGAAG